AUGGACCAAGUCCAGUCUCUUCAACGGGCGGCUCUGAACGAAUUCAUCCGCCAGCCAGUGUCGUGCGAGAUGGUGAAUCACCUGGCCUUGCAGUCCUCGCAGGUCAUCCGCUGCGAGUCGCAUGUGACCGUCCAGCAACAGCAUCAUCAUCACCGUCAGUAUCAGCAUGGACAACCCACGCCUCCUAGUACGCCGCCUUUGGACAACUCGCUGCCACCGUUGCCCUCUGUCGAGGACUUUAUUAUCUCGUUGGUCAUCCGCUCCCAGGUGCAGGUGCCCACCUUGAUGACUACGCUGGUGUAUCUGGCCCGCCUGCGCGAGCGUCUGCCUCCUGUCGCCAAAGGCAUGCGCUGUACAGUGCAUCGUAUCUUCCUGGCAUCAUUGAUCCUGGCGGCCAAGAACCUGAACGACUCCAGCCCUAAGAACAAGCAUUGGGCACGCUACACCGCCGUCAAGGGCUAUGAUGACUUCGGAUUCUCUCUGCCCGAGGUGAACUUGAUGGAGCGCCAGCUGCUGUUCCUGCUGGACUGGGACCUCCGCGUCACUGAGGAGGACCUGCUACAUCAUCUCGAGCCCUUCCUGGCUCCCAUCCGUCAGCGCUACCUGAUGUUUCAGGAGCGCGAGGCUGACUGGCGUCAGCCGCGCGAUUGGCGCCGUCUGCAUGCGUCGGCCGAGAUGCUGGCCUGUCGCCUGCGACGCCAGAAGCUGGAGGCUUACCUGGACGCUCGUCGCCGUCCCCAGCAUGCACGUCUCCCGCCCAGCCCAGAGUCACUGUCGUCGCUCUCUUCGGCCUCGCCCACUUCUCAGGCCGACAACGACCGCUACUACCCCUACCCGCCACGACGCCGCCCGUUGUCGCGCUCGCCUCCGUCGCUGCAGGACGUCCCCAUGCUGUCGCGCGCUGAGACCGUGCCGUCGUUGAGCUCGCGUUCAUCCAGCGUGGCCCCGAGUUCACGCGGGGACACGCCCGCCAGCACGCACCAGUCUAGCUCCAGCACCAGCGCCAGUACCGACGGCGAGGACAUCCAGGUGGUAGAUGUCGCUCCGAGUCCGGGCCCCUAUGGGCCACUGUCGGAAGUAAAAAUGGAAGAUGCACCACCGUCGAACAAGAAGCUUCGCGUGGCGGGCUAUACCGGCAGUGGCGGGUUCGUAGCGCGAUUCCUAGCAUCGGCGACGGGGUCGUAUAUGGGAGGACGCAUGCGACAUGUUUAA